AUGGCAGCUACCAAGAAAGCCAAAGCUAACGCUAGUAGUGCAAUCACAACGACGGCAAGGGCAUCUCGAAAGCCCAAAGCAAUCAAAGUGCAACGCAAAUCCAAAGUCAAGCCUCCUGGCAGCAGCAGCACGAACAAGAAGAAAGCUCCACCACCGCCCGAAUUGCCCCAAGAUUGGCCCGUUACAAGUCGACCCCCCAAAUUUCCGGCAGACGCACAAGCCUUGGCACCCGGCGGUUUACUCCAACAUCAUUGCAACGGCCAAGACAUUCAUUUGGCUCGCAAUGCCGUCAGUCGGCCCAAUUUGAGCAAGGAAAGGGGCAAAUACCUGCUCAUGUUCCCUGGUAACUUGUGCCUGAAAAAAUUAUCGGCAGCCAACAAAAGUCUCCUCUCGCAGGACACUACUACCAGUCUUUCCCAACAAUCGGAAGGAGCCGUAGAAGACGAUGCCAGUGACGACGACGACGACGAAAGUAAUAGCAAUCCUACAACCACGCCCAAGAAUACCAGCAAAGUGCCGUUCACUUCCUCCACCUCACUUCCUCAAUUGGGCACCAUUCAUCAUUUGAGCACGGAUGAACCCAAGCUUGUCAUUCCCUUUCCGGAUGGUCGCAAUUUAAUAUUUCCAGGCAAAAAGGUGGAAACGACAUCGAAAUACAUUAUGUUGUCGUGUUCUGCCAAGAAAAAGGGGUCGGUCCAUUGCAAAAGUAUAUUUUCUUCUGCCAUUGUGUUUGGACAACCAAAAUGGGAAGCCAAUGGCAUAGAACAGGACAUCUCUACUACUGGCAUUGCACCACCACAAGAAAACAACGCCAAGGAAAAAGAUGACAAGGAAUUAAUGCUACUCGACGACGAUAGUGAUAGUGACAUCGACCAACCGCCAAAGAAACCAGAAUCAUCCAUGACGACAACUGACAACGACGACAAUUUCGAGGUACAUUACGGUGGCUCCCAACGAACAAUCGAUGGUGUGGCCAAGGGCAAGGCCGCCAAGAAACCCCAAGGACCUCUUCAUGUACCAAUUCAUUCCCUACAAGUUGGAAAACAAAGGGCCACCACAACUACUGCAUUGAAUCUGAAACAACCACCAGUACCAUCCAACAACAACACUAGUCUGGAAAGCAUCAUGGAUGAUAGUAGUACUACCAGUAGUAACGACGACGAUUCUCCCAAGAAUAAUGGUCGCAAGAACAAGCCUGCUCUGACAAUUGAUACUUCGGAUGAGGACGACGAGGAAGAGGACUAUGACAGUGAGGAUGCAUACGCUGGAAAGGCUACCACGACUCCUUCGGCACCACGAACCUUGCCCCGACGCCAAGCAUCGUCGCAGAAAAAGAAGUACACCCUAGAAGAAGAGGAUGAUGUUGAUGAAAGCAGCAGUAACAGUGAAAGUGAGGAUGAGAGUGACAAAGAGAAAGGACAGGCCAAACCCAAGUCAAAAGCCAAGAGGACCCCAGCGCCCAAGAAGAAGCAACCACCAAAAACAAAAAAAACAGCAAGUGCCAAAAAUACGGAAUCGCCACCAAUUUCCAUUGACGAUACUGACAGCGACGACGACGACAGUCUCGUUGAUGGUGUCAGCAAACCCAAGAAGACUGCCAAAGCUCCAAAACCAACAGCCAAGAAAGCACCACUGACAGUGGACGAUCUUUCGUCGGACGAGGACAGUGAUGCCUUUAGUAUCGAAAUCAAUAGUCCUGCUCUUCCAAAGCGCUCCAUUUCGAGACGACAGAGUAGUGUCAACAAGAAGAAGCCAAGCUAUGCCGAGGACGAAAGUGAUGGAGAUUUUGAGGAGAACGAAGCCAGUGAAUCUGGACCAUCCAAUAGUGAAGAAGAAAAAGCGUCGAGCAAGAAAAAAACGAGUGCGCCUACUAGAAAGCGAAGGGCUGCUCCAAAGAAACCCAUCGAGCUGUCUGACUCUUCAGAAGCGUCCGAGAGCGAAACGGGGUUACCUGAAGAGGAUCUACCCGAUGAUUCUGACUUUGAGGAGGAGAAACCAAAGAAAAAGACUGCAAAGAAGACUGCAAAACGUGCUACCCCAGCGACAAAAACCACCAACAAAGCCGCGUCAUCGAAAAAAUCUCCCAUGACUACAUCAAAGAUUGCAACGACACCUGCUAGCAAACAGAAAUCUGCUGGUAAAGUCAGUGCUGCAAGAGUUACAACGGCAACCAAAGUUAAGAGUGCUACGAAGAAGCAGCCAGGAGGUGUUGGAAACAAGAGAUCACUAUCUAGUGCAAGCAUGUUGGAAACAAUUCAUCCAGUUGGGAAUGGUGAUGACGAUUCCAAUGACAAUAAUGAUUCUGAUUCGGAAGUUACCGAAAAAAGGGACAACAAACAGAGUGCUACUACUACUAAAGCGGAGGAACCAUCCACGAAAAAGGCAAAACUUGCACCCGACACUCCCGAACGCAGUCAAUCUAAAAAUUCUGCCAAGUCUCCCAGCAUUGGCGGAAGUCCAUUUCGAUCACGCAGGAAAAAGUCAACUGCUGGAAGUAAAUCGGGGAAGUCUCCAGCCAAGAGGGUGAUUGAUCUUACGGACGAUGCUGAAUUCAAUUUUGGAAGCUGA